AUGACAGUGGGUAAGACUCUAGAGCUGCUCGGCGGCAAGGCUGGAGUACUCGAGGGAAAAUUCCACUACGGCACGGCCUUUGGUGGCUCAAAGGUGGGCGACAUUCAGGCGGAGUUGGAGCGCCACGGCUUCAAUUACAUGGGCAAGGACUUCUUCUACUCGGGCAUCACUGGAGCUCCCUUGCAGGCAUACAUCUACUCCGGCCCGGUCUACUAUCAGAAGCUGAAGCACAUGGUCCAGGACAAAAUGCACGCCAGGGCGCGGGGUCUCAAGGCCGUGCUCACACGCCAGCCCACCCAAGGCCGGGAGUCGGGAGGGAGGCCUCCGCCUGGGCGAAAUGGAACGCGACUGUUUCAUCUCGUACGGCGCCAGCAUGCUGAUUAUGGAGGAGAGGAGGUGAUGAAGGUACUGCCCCACAAGGACUCGGAUUUCACGGAGGAAUCCAUGAAGAACGUUCCCUAUUUGCGUGCCAGCAUCAAAGAUUCAUUCAAUGUCUCUCAGUGGUCAAUGCACUGUCCGGGGCACGUGACUCGGCACAUAACAACCACACAAGGCAAUGUCCUUGUGCGUCAUUUCAAGUGA